CAUUGAUUCAGAUUUAUAGUUGAAUUGUGAGGAACGGCCAUGGACGUAGGAGAGAGCAAUGAGAGGGGAAAAGACGAUUCUGCCCUUUUAGCUUCACCGAGGAGUCCUCUCAGCUCUAUAGAUCUUGCAAUUGAUGGAGCUAUGAAUGCUUCUAUUGAGCAGUUGUAUCAUAACGUUUGUGAAAUGGAGAGUUCUGAUGAUCAGUCUCCGUCGAGGGCGAGUUUUAUUUCGUAUGGAGCUGAAUCUAGGAUUGAUUUGGAGUUGAGGCAUUUGGUUGGAGAUGUGGGAGUAGAAGGAGAGAGGAAGAAAGAGAUUAUCUUGGAGAAGAAGGAAGAGAGUAAUGGAGGAGGUAGCUUGAGUCAGAAGAAACCUGUUGAAUCUCUUUCGAAUGGUAAGAAGGUUGCGAAAAUGAAGAUUCUUGGUUCGAGGAUCUCUUCGAGGAAAUCGCCGGAUUUAGGGAAGGUUUCUGUGGAUGAGGAGAGUCCUGAGCUUGGGGUGUUGUUGUUGAAGCAAGCCAGAGAGUUGGUUUCUUCUGGUGAGAAUCUGAAUAAGGCUCUUGAUUUGGCGUUGAGAGCGGUGAAAGUGUUUGAGAAAUGCGGGGAAGGAGAGAAACAAUUUGGGUUGAAUUUGGUGAUGUCUUUGCAUAUCUUGGCAGCGAUAUAUGCGGGGUUAGGGAGAUACAAUGACGCGGUGCCUGUUCUUGAGCGUUCUAUUGAGAUACCGAUGAUUGAAGAUGGGGAAGAUCACGCGUUGGCGAAAUUUGCAGGGUGUAUGCAGCUUGGUGACAUGUAUGGUUUGAUGGGUCAGGUGGAAAAUUCGAUUUUGCUAUACACCGCGGGUUUGGAGAUCCAAAGACAAGUUCUUGGAGAAUCGGAUGCACGAGUUGGAGAGACUUGUAGGUACUUAGCUGAAGCUCAUGUUCAAGCGAUGCAGUUUGAAGAAGCCUCAAGGCUUUGUCAAAUGGCGUUGGACAUUCACAAAGAAAACGGGGCUGCCACUACGGCUUCGAUUGAAGAAGCUGCGGAUAGAAAACUGAUGGGGCUUAUCUGCGAUGCUAAGGGAGAUUACGAGGUUGCGCUUGAGCAUUAUGUUUUGGCGAGCAUGGCAAUGUCAUCUCAGAACCACAGGGAAGAUGUUGCCUCUGUAGAUUGCAGUAUUGGUGAUGCUUACAUGUCUCUAGCUCGGUUUGAUGAAGCGAUAUUCGCAUACCAGAAGGCUUUGGCUGUGUUUAAGCAAGCAAAAGGUGAGACUCAUUCCUCUGUUGCUUCGGUUUAUGUCAGGCUUGCUGACUUGUACAACAAAAUUGGGAAAAUACGCGAUUCCAAAUCGUACUGCGAAAACGCUCUUAAGAUUUACCUAAAACCGACUCCGGGAACUCCUAUAGAAGAAGUUGCGACAGGUUUUAUAGAGAUUUCUGCAAUAUAUCAGUCGAUGAACGAACUUGAUCAAUCUCUUAAGUUGUUGAGACGGGCGUUGAAGAUAUAUGCAAACGCUCCAGGUCAACAGAACACGAUUGCAGGUAUUGAAGCUCAAAUGGGUGUGAUUUCUUACAUGAUGGGUAAUUACCCCGAGUCCUACAACAUAUUCAAGAGCGCGAUAUCAAAGUUCCGCAACAGCGGAGAGAAAAAAACCGCUCUUUUCGGGAUUGCUUUGAAUCAGAUGGGACUAGCUUGCGUUCAGCGUUACGCAAUCAACGAAGCUGCAGAUUUGUUUGAAGAAGCGAAAACUAUCCUCGAGAAAGAGUAUGGACCGUACCAUCCCGAUACAUUAGCAGUAUACAGUAACCUCGCCGGAACAUACGACGCAAUGGGAAGGUUAGAUGAUGCUAUAGAGAUAUUGGAGUAUGUUGUUGGGACAAGAGAAGAGAAGCUCGGGACGGCGAAUCCCGAGGUUGAGGACGAGAAGCAGAGGCUAGCUGCGUUGUUAAAAGAAGCUGGAAGAGGAAGGAGUAAAAGAAACAGAGCACUUCUUACUCUUUUGGACAAAAACCCUGAAAUUGCAAAUGGACAGAGACAGGUUUAUUGAUGAACCGGAUUAUGGUCCGGUCUAAAAUGUAUAUAUAUACGGUAUACGAAUUCAACUACGGUACUUACAUGGUCGAGAGAGAAGGAAAAAAAAUGAAGAGGCUUUAUGUUUUCUGAUUUUAAAAAAUAUUGAAAAACAUUCUUGUUGCAUUUGUUUUGUAUCUCUUGGCAAUUUUAAUUUUUCUUUAUAAAAUAAAGUGUAAAGAGUAAA